CAAGCAAGUAUUCUCCGUUAUGCAACCGCAAAACCAUAACUGCCGCGCAGAUUUAAAGCAGUAUAACUAGGAAACGGAACUCUGGAUAAUCUCUCCAUAGUUGUUUUUAUGGUCUAGUCCAUAACCAUAAUGAUCGUUCAAACUGAUCUGAGGGUACUUCUAUUCUUGACAAUAAACUGUUUACUAGUCCAGUUCGCGCCGGUAUCAUCAAAUGUUUGCCAAACGGAUAUUUGUCUGGCGAAAGCCACGGAUAUAAAGAGCAGCCUGAACGAAUCACUGAAUCCUUGCGAUGAUUUUUACGCAUACACCUGCGGAAAUUACACCGCAACGCGUUCUCCACCAGCAUUCUACUUCCUUGAAGCUAUUUCAGCAACAGUCGCAAAAACUAAACAGGAUUUGUUACGAUCAACGGCACCCACGAACUGCACCGCGGAAAUAACGGCGAGGAAACUGUUUGCGCAAUGUGUUGACGAUAAAUUAACGGAAGAACUCGGCACCAAACCGCUGCUGAAUACGCUGGAUAAUUUAGUUGGCGGUUGGCCGAUGAUAAUGUCCAACUGGACGACAAACGCCACCCUGAAAUCAAUCUUCGUCUCCGCAUAUUAUUCGCAGUUACCGAUGCUGGUGAAGAUCUCCGUAGAGUUGAGUAUGCUAAACACUUCGCAGUACUGGAUUGAGCUGGAUGAGCCGACGGAAUUCUAUUCUCGCGAUGUACUGGAGAGUGAACGCGGUGAGAAACUCACGCAAGAGUAUAUCGAAUGGGUGACACAAAUGGCGACCAUGCUGGUCAACAGCACCAAUUCGCCGGUCAACACUAGCGCUGUUCAGUUUACGAAAGAUAUAACGAGUAUUGUGGAUUUUGGACGAACCAUAAUUAUGGCAAAAAAGACAGCUGUAGAGGAUCAGGAUAUGAAGGAUAAGACAGCAGUGACGACUUUAGGGGCGUUACAAAGAAACCGGAAAUUCCAGUCGGUCUUAUUAUCAAAUUUAACGGAUUUAAUACGAACAAUUUUCGAGCGCGCCAACAAAUCACACUUGAUCACGGACGAUACGCCGGUGGUGGACAUGAGUCCAAAUUAUUUGAUGAAAGUCGACGAAAGACUGCGGGAACUGGAGAAUGCUGGUAUCGAGGGCAAACGGCGAUUAGCGAACUACAUCGGUUGGAAAGUGAUCGUCGGCAGUCGCAACUGGCUGCCAAAAGAGUACCGCGGCAAGUCCAAGUUUACUAGCGCGGAUAUGAAUGCCAAGUGUGCACAGUAUGUGACUGAAGUGAUGCCAUUGUUGGUCGAUGAAAUAUACGCCGAACGCGUAAAUGCUUCCAACGUUAUCGCGAAGGCAACACCGUUUGCCAAAAAUAUACAAAGUAGUUUAUCGGAUCUGAUAACGGAAUCGACGUGGCUGGACAACGUCACACGACAGUACGCUCUGGAGAAAUUACAAAACAUCCAGAUUGUCAUCGGCUAUACAUCCACGCCGGAAACUAAAAAGAAAAUCGACAGCCUGUACCAGAAUAUCACCGUGCGUUCCAAUUUCUAUGAAACUGUUCAGUCAAUCAAAGAAUUCGAAAGUCUCCAGAACCUAGCCAAGCUGGAUACAGUUUUCCAGCGGAACGACACCGUGUGGGAUACUACACGAGUCAACGCGUUUUAUGAAACAGUAACAAGCACGAUGGUGAUUCCAUUGGCAAUCUUGCAAAAGCCAAUCUUUCAUCCCGAUUUUCCCGAUGCCAUCAACUAUGGAGACACCGGCUUCACGGUGGGCCACGAAUUUACACACGCCUUCGACACCCGAGGUGCUCAAUUCGGUAAGCUGGGUGGAAUAGUGUCCUGGUGGACGAACGAGACAUGGUCCAUGUAUAAAACCCGCGCGCAAUCGCUGGUCGACCAGUACAAUCGGUAUUCGUUGGAUGUUGGAUCGGUUAACGGUCAGCUGACUCUUAUCGAAAACAUUGCUGAUAAUGGCGGCUUGAAAGUCGCUUUCAAGGCAUUUCGCAAGCUGCUGCGGUUAACGAAUUCUACGGGAUCCUUGCCGGGACUGGAAAAGUUUACGCCGGAACAACUAUUUUUCGUUGGCGUUAGCACGGCCUGGUGUGAAACGCGAUCGAAAAAUGACUACCGGUUGAAACUACUGACUAGUACGCACGGCAUACCGAAAUUCCGCAUCAACGGUGCGAUGUCUAAUAUGCCAGAAUUUGCCGAAGCCUUUAACUGCACCAUUGGUUCCCCUAUGAAUCCAAAAAAGAAAAACGGAGUAUGGAAAAAAACCAAUACGCUGGCACGAAUAUCCUUAGGCACUUCAGCUAAAACUGACCAAGACAAGUCAUACACCUCAUUAGCACCUCAUCGCUUAAUACCAGUACUCGUAGUCAUUGCUAGAACGGCGAGAAGAGAUUGUCGCAGAAUGUCGACUAUAAGUUGGUUGAUGUUGGUAUUAAUAUUUCCUACUGUGUUCUGUGAUACGCAAAGCUUCAACACAGCGGGUAUACUCUAUAAUGGAACCUUUGCAUCGGAGGCUUGCCAAGCCGAUGUUUGCCAACUGAAAGCCCAAGAUAUAAAGGACAGUGUGAAUACAUCAGCCAAUCCGUGCGAUGAUUUCUACGCAUACGCCUGCGGAAAGUAUAUAGCCAACCAUAAACCACCGGCGUUUUAUUUUAUUGAUUCGCUCUCUCCAAGAGUAACGAAAGCAAAGCUAGACAUACUCAACUCAACGGAAGCCACGAAUUUUUAUGCUGGGACCACCGCAAGAAGGGUCUAUGCACAAUGCACCGAUGAUGAGCAACGCGAAAAGCUAGGCACCAGACCGUUACUGGACACACUAGACCGCCUGAUCGGAGGCUGGCCGCUGUUACAGAAAAACUGGUCGGCGAAUGCCUCGUUGAACUCGAUUUUCGUUUCCGCUUUCUACUCUCAGCAGCCGAUUCUGUUGAGAAUCUCUGUGGAGAACAGCUUGUAUGAUGCUUCCAAGUACUGGAUCGAAAUUGACGAGCCCACAGAAAUAUACAGCCGUGACGUCCUAUCCAGUGAUCGAGGCGAGGGGUACACUAAGGAGUACCUGGAUUGGGUGACGGCAAUCGCAACGGAUUUAGCAAGCGAUGCCAAUUCGUCAGUUAAUUUGAACAGCAGAGAAUUUCAGAAAGAUGUAACGAGUAUCGUGGGUUUCGGCCGGACAAUCAUCUUGGCCAAGAAGACCGCAGAACAGAAAACAGAUUUAACAGACAAUAAAGCAGAGACAACCUUAGGAGAACUACAGAGAGCGAAAAACUUUCAGUCGGCACUGUUAUCCAAUUUCACGGAUUUUGUGCGGACUCUUUUUAUCCGAGCCAACAUAUCGCAUUUGAUCACGGAUGAAACGCCGGUGGUUGCUAUGAGCCCGAAUUAUCUAACGAAAGUCGAUGAGAAACUGCGCGAACUGUAAAGUGCCGGGGCGGAUGGUAAGCGCCGUCUGGCUAACUAUAUCGGCUGGAAGAUUAUCGCGGGCAACCGCGAUUGGCUGCCGAAAAAGUACCGGACAAAAUUCACUGGUGACACCCAGAGCCUGUGCAUGCAGUAUGUCACCAGCACGAUGCCAUUGGCGAUCAAUGAGAUGUACGCCAAAUACCUCAACACGUCGGAUAUUAUCUCAGAAAAGGCGACGAUAUUUGCCAGGUAUCUGCAAAGCAGUCUGACCGAUUUGUUAGCUGAAACUCCGUGGCUGGAUAAUGCAACGCGAUCGUACGCGCAGGAAAAAAUGCGCAACAUACAGUUCAUGGUUAGCUAUCGAUCCAAGCCGGAAAUUCGUCAGCGCAUUGAUGACCUUUACAAAAAUAUUGAAGUACGCGCGAAUUUUUUCGAGACUCUCCAAGCUGUAACCGAAAGCGGAACCAUCCGAAAUAUGGCCAAACUGGCUACUAUGUGGCACCGUGAUGAUCCCCUUGACAAUGCCUAUGAUAACACACAGAUUUAUGCCGCUUAUGAGCCGGUGACGAACACCUUAUACAAUCCUCUGUCCAUACUACAAAUGCCACUGUUCUAUCGAGAUGUACCGGAAGCUGUCAUAUAUGGAGCAACAGGCUUCACCGUAGGCCACGAAUUCACGCAUGGUUUUGACACGCAAGGUUCACUAUUUGGAAAGCUGGGCGGCUUGACGUCGUGGUGGUCAAACGAGACAUUAGCGGUGUACAAAGAACGGGCGAAGUCCUUAAUUGACCAGUACAACCGUUACUCACUGGAUGUCGGGUCGGUUAACGGGCAACUGACGCUGACAGAGAACAUUGCGGAUAAUGGUGGACUGAAGGUUGCUUUUAAGGCAUUGCGUAAAGCGCUCCAGUCAGUGAACACCACUGCUUCGCUUCCGGGAUUAGAGCAUUUCACAGCGGAACAGCUAUUCUUCCUUUCCACGGCAACGGCAUGGUGUGAGAUCCGAACAGGCGAAUCCUACCGGAUGAAACUGCUGACCAGUGUACAUGCUGUGCCUCAAUUCUGCAUCAAUGGGGCUAUGUCAAACAUGCCCGAAUUUGCUCAGGCUUUCGGUUGUCCUUUGGGAUCGUACAUGAAUCCGCAAAAGAAGAACGGAGUUUGGUAAUAACAUUAGCCACGAAUUGGUAUCAACUCACGAUGCCCAUCAUUUGUUUUGAAGCCUCUCCUUUGUCUGUUUUAUCCCGAGCCCUUUACUUUCGUUAGUGUUUUUACACAAGUGCUUAGUAAUACUGUAAAACAGGACAAAAAUCG